AUGGGAGGAGGAGCCGGUGCUCCGGUGGGGCGUCACUGGGCUGAGAUCCUUGCCCUCAUAACUCAAGUGCUGAGCGGGACCAAUCAAUACAACAACUCGUUAAUAAAACAGCAACAACAGCAGCAGCAGCAGAGGACUGCCACCACCGCCGGUGGCAAUCAUCAGAUCGUGACGGCUGGAGCUACCGGCCAGACUUCCGGCCAGACACCGCUGCCUCCGCCGUCUGCCACGCCAGUCAAACGUCAACAACAACAACAACAACAACAACAACAACACCGUCGCCCGGCUAUGGGUGUUUCUCUGAGCGAUUCGGAAGAAGCUUAUCUCAGGCGGAGGAGGCAAGGCUCUUCCGGCUCUCCGACGGCGGCGGCGGCGGCGGCGGCGUCCGGCGUCGGCUCGUCCGCCAACAACCACCACAUGACGAUGACCCCGUCGUCGAGAGGAGAUGCACGUCAUUACGAUUCGCUGCGAACGCCGCGGUCGUCGUCGAGGGCCAGCAGCGUGGCGGCCAAUGAUCGAUCGGCGGAUGCGAACGGCGGAGGCGGACACCAAAGUUAUUUGGCCUCGCUGUCGCAGCGGCUGCAGAUUGAGCAGUACAUCGUCAAGACGUUGAGCCACUUGACGAGGUCGGACAAGGCGACGGCCAGCGCCGACUCGGACAAGGACGGCCUGGAUUGCGGCUACAUUGAAUGUUGGGGCUCGCCGGAGCGGAGCAGCAGCCGCCGCCGCCCAACAACAAUAACAACAACAGCAACGUGGGUCUGGAGCGGGCGCUGCUGCGGCUGGACCAGCGGAUGCGGGCCGAUCGGCAGCCUCGCAUCUACCAGCACCACCACUGGCGGAUCACACCGCCCGCCGAAUGCAACGCGGCCCUCUUCCUCUGCAAGCGACGACGACGGCGACGGCGGUGGCGGAGAGUCGGAGCACGUCCAGCACGGCGGAGGCGGAGGCGGAGGACACCAGAGCGGGACGACUUUGCCGUUCCGUAAAAGCGGCGCUGCCGCUUGGUUCAAUUGUACCGGAGCAGUUCGCAAAGCCGGGAUUCUAUUCAUGUGGGCAGGAUGGUGCAUUAGGUUCCCUGAUGAUUUCGUUCAGGAAAUUACAUCGCUAAAUGGCGAUUCUUUUACUGCAGCAUUAAAUGGACUCGUUGAAGAAGUGGAAAAUCAUAUUGGAAUUGAAGAAUUGACGGAUCAAUCGAGACAGAAGAUACGAGACGAAAUUUGGCUACAUUUUGAAAACGGAAAUUGCAGAGUAAAAGAAACCUACGACGUGUGCGUCAAUCCAACAAUGCUCAACCCAACAGACCAGAGUUGGCAAGUCUUUCACAGUCCCUUCGACAGCUACCUUCCACUUGAUAAAGAAGAACUGUCGUCGUCCAGAACUUGGAUUUUAAUUCGGUCGUGUCAGAAAAUACUCAAGAACCUUGUAUGUUCUUACCGGACUCGUGUGCAAGACAUCAACGUCGUAUUUCACCUGAAGGACGCCCUGGAAUUCUGUUACUCCAAUCCAAACAAGUUUGACAUCAUUCAUUGCUCCAAUCUCGGCGAUCAACUGGGUCUAGUCAACGUUAUCAACGCAUGCAGUGAAAGAUUGGCAGAAGACCCUCGAGCAAUGUUAUUCACUGAAACCUUGAACUGGUUAAACUUGUCAUCUUCUGUCGAAGAAUACGUCGAAAAAGCCCUUUUUGCCCCAUUGAGCAUGAUCCCUACCAUCUAUGGAUUGCGACUGGUCGAUCGCGUCGAAUUAGGAGCUUCCGCCCUCGUCAAUCUGCGGUGUAAAAUUGCUCUUCCGGUUCAUCUUUCCUGGAAAAAGGUCCCUCCGUUUAAGAACUCUACACCGACUUCCUCGCUGGAAAUGGAUCGCUUUUUGAAUCAACUAGCAGAAAGAUGCUUUGAUAUUUCAUUUCCACGUAAAUUGGACGGGACUGAUGAAUGUGGAAUGUUAUGCUACACCCCUCUAACAUUUGACUACGUAGUGAAUUCCUUGAUUAAUCGCGUCGGAGGAGGAGAUUGCUGGAUGAACGAUGAACGAAAAUGUGGCGGCUGGAGCAGCAAUUUGUUUGACCUGACAAAACGAACAGCAAAAGCCUGGAAGAAAGGUCAACCGAUUCUGAAUCUAACAGCCAAAAUUCAAACCUGCUUACACAAUACUCUCGAUGAGACAACAACGCUCCGUUUAGUUCUGGUUCCGUGUGCCACAUUGCAUGAAUCCAUCUGCAAAGGAAAGGUGGAUGUCUCUGGCCCAGGAAUCCACAUAAUUGACAACUUCAAAAUCGAAACGAAGAAAGUUCCUGAUGGAAGUGAAAUAAUUAUCGUUUCCUUCCUACUGGUUGCAGACCACGGCCUUGAAAAUACUCACCUUGCAUUACUGAUGAACCUCGAAGAUGGAACGGCCUCUUACGUCUUCAAACCUCUUAGAUCCAUGCGAUCAGCAAAAUUUCGUCAACCGCAUCCGUUUUCAUCCAGACGACCCGAGAAACCUCCGUUCGAUCCUCCCGGCCAACUUCAAAUGGUAGUCUUCAGUUGCACCGAAUCCGUGAAUGACUACCAGCUGAAAAUAAGUAUUCCCUGUGGUGAUACUGUAUCGGGUGUGAAUGUUUCGGCCAAUCAAAGAAAGCCUUGCGCGUCUGCUCAUGACAUCACUAUUACACCGGAUCAACCUAAUGACAUUGAACCUUUAACCCUGUCGUUUCCUUAUCCGAUCCUUGUCAAGGAGAUCCACGUCGCUCUCCAUACGGAAGCUCGCUUGAUCAGUGUAGUGUUGAAGAAGGCUUUACUGGAACCGUGGCCACAGGAAUUUGAAGUGGAGCAAACUAAAUGGAAUCCUGAUCAACUGCAGCCGUGGGAAGAAACCAAAGCGCGAGUUUGUCGACAAAAACGUUCGAUCGGCAUUCCGUCGUUAUCUGCUUCCUGCUUGGCCGUCCAUGUUGCUUGCCAGUUUAAUUUGCAUCAACUACCGAAACCUUCCAAGAUGGAGAAAUCUGAUUUGAAUGCAGUCCGUGACAUAAUCAAAAUUUUAUUUCAAAAUUUCGUUGGUGACAAGCCGCCCAGGAUCAGUUACGUCCACAUUCUCCUGGAUGGCUCAACAGAAGUGCAUUCCGACUGGUAUCUCAAAAUUCAUCACCCCGUUCUCACCUGCCCACAAGGCAGUCCGAUGUUGUUGGUGUCAGCAUUUGACAGCAGUAAAUUCUUUGAAGCCAAGAAAACGGAAGAGAAUACUAAGGAACUCUGUGUUAAAAACGAUUUCUUUCGAGUUUUCCCCUCGUGGGAAUCUGAUGAGACAUUGACAAUUAAAGCGGAUAGUAUGGAAUUGUUGAAGCUGCUGCGGUUUGUUUUGCGAAGCAAUUCGACCAAAAUCAACCGACCAAUCCACCUGGCAGAAAAACCACCUUCCCCUAGAGGAGAACAGCCCUUGGCUGGCCACGUUUAUUUCGCCCCUCUACCUUGAUGCUCCUCUAGACAAGAAGAAAGUUAAGCCAAACCUUUUCUUUUCGUUAAUUAAACUCGUUAUCUUUAUAGUUAUCAUUUGUGCGGUAUUGUACGCCAUUGGCUGUAUGUUUUUGAAUGUCUUAAGCUACGUUUUCUAAAUUUCUUUUUUAUGACCCACUACACAGAACUGCAAUAUAUUCUAUUGAGCUGAUUUGCAUUUUGUACCUGUAUUUGGAAGUUAAAUUACCGAACUGUUUCUUUGGGGGACAAAGUUUCAAUAAUUGAAAAUGUAUUUAUAGCUUUAGUAAAGCGGUAUUUUUAUUGUGAAUAUAUCAUCGAAAUAGUGUUACAGUACAGAUUAAGAAUUAAAGACAA